AUGUCUUCUGACGAGGAAAGUGAUAAGGAAACAACGUCGAAGUCCCGAGGGAAUCUUGUGGAAGAUGAAGCGCUGGAUUGGCUGAAACCUCGAGCACUGAUUAAGCCUGAUGAUCAAGAAGACGUUCCCGAAGCGGAUCUUGAAGAAGAAGUAGGUCGUGUCUUAACAACAAUUAAUCCUCAAUGGAUUGCUGAUGAAGUGGCGUAUCACUAUGGACAGGGGAAAUUUUUAAGAAGAGCUAGACCCACAUAUGGAAAAGCCUAUCCUUUGUAUAUCUAUCAAGGCACAGCUAUACGGAAAGACUCAGAAGAAGCGAAAGCCCAAAUCGCAGCUGGCUAUGGUAUGGUUGGUUUUGACGACGCUGGUCCAAAGCGAGCAAAGGUUAAGAAAUCUAAAGCAGAAGAAGAAGAGGAGGAAGAACCGGAGCCAGAUACGCAACCAGCUGAAGAAGCUAAGCCGGAAGAGGACGCAGCAGAUGAAGAAAAACCAAAAGAACAAGUCGAUGAACCAGAAAUAGUGAAACCUGAAGUUGUUGAUGAAGAAGUCGAGGCGGUAGCUGAUGAAACUGCUCCUGAAGAAAAAGAGGAAGGCGAGGCCCAUGUUGAGGAAAAAAUUGAAAUCAAACCACGAGUGAAGAAACUUGCGAAUCAAUUCAAUUUUUGCGAGAGAGCUGCGCUAACAUACACCUUCCCUAGAAGAUCUGUGGAGACACAAACAAUUCCGCCACCACGAGCUAAUUAUGGAGCAACUGGUCUUCAAUGUAUUAUAUUUGAUUACUAUCAAGAGGAUUACGCUAAAAAGCAACGAGAAAAGGAAGAGGAGAAACCAAAAAGGUUGCGUAAAAAAGCAGCUAAGCAUGCGAAGUCGGCGCAACAAAUUCACGAUGAGCAACUCGCGCAACGCAUUCGUGAAGCCUGGACGAUCCUUGAACGAUUGGUCAACCAAAACAUUUAUGAUGACAUUGCUCAAGACUACCGCUAUUGGGAUGAUCCAUCUGACGAAUUUCGUGAAGGUAUGGGAUCCCUGUUACCAUUGUGGAAGUUUCAAUUUGAACCGAUGCGUAAUCAUGCUGUUUGCGACGUGCAGUGGAAUCCGCACUAUCAAGACUUGUUCGCAGUAGCUUAUGGAUCAUUGGAUUUUACACAACAACAAAAAGAGGGAUGUCUCUGUCUCUACAGUAUAAAAAAUCCAGCAUUUCCAGAAUAUUCCGUUGUAACAGAUUCCCCAAUUAUAUGUCUCGACGUUUAUAAGGAAACUCCUUAUCUUGUUUGUGUCGGACGCUACGAUGGCAACGUAUGCGUUUACAACGCCCAACUGACAUUGGAAUCUAGUUAUCAAUAUAAAUCGGACUCCGUGAGAGAUAAACACAGCAACAUUGUUUGGGAGAUCCGUUGGGGAGGUCGCCUGAUCGACGGUGAAGCGUCGUUCUUUUCAAUUUCUGGCGAUGGACGAGUGGUUCAGUGGGCCGUAAUGCCGGGAGAGUUGCAAGCCACUACCAUCAUCACACUGCAUUCGAGUGUUCCUCCCAUUCCUGGACCUGAUGGAACUCUACUAACUGUCAAUAGUUGUGGCAGUUGUAUCUGUUUCCACCCAGAGAAACCGGAUAUUUUCAUGGUCGGAACAGAAGACGGAAUGAUCCACACGUGUUCACUGAAGUAUAAUCGCAAUUACGUUCGUUCAGUGCAAGGUCAUCACAUGCCCGUGUACAGAAUCCACUAUAACUACUUCAACAAUAGCAUCUACGCGUCCUGCUCUGGUGAUUGGCGGGUCAAGAUAUGGGAAGACGGGCGAGAUGAACCGCUGUUUAUGUUCGAGCUUGGCUCUCCUGUGGGCGAUGUGAAAUGGGCGCCCUACUCCAGCACCGUAUUUGCAGCAUGUACUGCCGAUGGCAAGGUUUACGUUUACGACUUAAAUGUUAAUAAGUAUCGUCCCAUUUGCAUGCAAGCUAUCGUUUCAAAGAAAACAAAGAAACUUACAAGGAUAGACUUUAAUCGUCAACUGCCUGUCGUUGUUUGUGGUGACACUAAAGGCACCUGCCAUGUAGUUAAAUUAUCGCCAAACUUACGAGUUAUGUGUAAGCCACCUAAAAAAGCGCAAGGAAUAGACCAGCGAACUUUACAGAUUAUGAAACUGGACAAACUACUUAGUUUAGUACGAGACCCGCCAUUCCAGACUGGCGUUGUUGACGAGAAAUUCGACGACGAUUAAUGUAAUUUUAUUUUAACCUUAAUAAAUAAUUUAUAAAUAAAACAAUAAUUUAUUUCGA